GAUAUUGGCCUCAGUACUUUUUUCAUAUAAUUUUGGUUUCUUCUGCUCAGUCCCUACAUUUGGAAAGCCUUUUGUUCUACGUAACCUGGAGAUUAUAGAGGCCAGGGGCCAUGGCAGCAUCUGCCAGCUGCUUUUCCCCAGUGCUUCUCCUCUGGAUCCUGGUCCUCACAGGCCCAAGCUUCACGGGAGCUCUGGAGUCUGCUCCUAAGGAAAGCAACGUCCCAGAGAAUAACAUCAAUCAGCAGAGCCCAGAGCUGUGGCAGCCCCGGGCCCGGCACACGAGGAAGCAUGGACUGAGCAAGAAGGGCAGGGCCCACCUGCCAGACCAAACCGGCGCCUCCAGGCUGCCGGGGAUGCUCCCUGGUGGAGAGGGGAUGCUGGCCGUCCAGGGCCCCGCUGGCCUGUUGCAGGAUAAGGAUGUGUUUCUGGGCUUUGAGUUCCCCUACCCUGACAGGGACAAUCAGUUUGAAAGAGGGAGGAAACACGCCAGAGAGCAGAAGCGGCGGAGGGACAGAGGGAAGCAACACCGAGGGAGAAGUCUGGAUCCAAAGCCCAGCUCUUUGAUCAAGAAGCUGGAACUCUCCGAGGACCUGCCACCCAAUGGCCCAGUGGAAGAAUCAUCUACUAGCUUGGCCCCCACCAUCCUGUUUUUGACCACAUUUGAGACAGCGGCGUCCACUGAAGAAUCACCAGUCCUGCCUGUUACAUCCCCACGGCCCCUGGCUUGGAUAAGGCCUGAUGGAGAUGUGAUGCCUACCCUGGACAUGGCUUUGUUUGACUGGACUGAUUAUGAAGACUUAAAACCUGACAUGUGGCCCUCUGCUAAGAAGAAAGAGAAACAUCAGAGUAAAAGCCCAGGCUAUGGAAAUGAAACUUCAGCAGCUAGAGAGGAACCCUGUGACCAUCACCUUGACUGUCUCCCAGGGUCUUGCUGUGACUUACGGGAACAUCUCUGCAAACCUCAUAACCGAGGCCUGAAUAAUAAAUGUUUUGAUGACUGCAUGUGCAUGGAAGGACUUCGCUGCUAUGCCAAAUUUCACCGUAACCGAAGAGUCACUCGAAGGAAAGGACGAUGUGUAGAGCCAGAGUCCAUUAACGGGGACCAAGGAUCAUUUAUUAACGUUUAGCGUACGAGAUGCUGGCCCAGUUUCCCCAUCUGCCUGUGGACCUUGCCCUGGAAGGUUGGGGAAGGGGGCAAAUUAUUUAUAACUAGCGAUAGGAAAAACAAAAGAGUGCACCAGAUGGUUGUCAGAGGUUCUGAACCUGGACGUCCCAACUAUGAAAAGAGAAUAAAUGGUGAGUGGCAUUUGAGACCCACUGGGCUUAAUGAAGCGUUGGACUGCUCAAUGGCACCGAUACAGCCAACCCACUACUCCAAAUACUCUUCCUUCAUCUUCUCUCAGCCAUUUACAAUGGAUGGCAAUGCUAAGAGUGACCUCUACUGUCACCAGGCGAUACUGCACCACCAUGAUAGAAGUAAACGCGGACUAUUGGCAAUCUCUACAGGAGAGGAAGAGAUAACUCGUUAGUUAGCUUCACUCUGCUAGGAAAGGUGAUAAUUUAGUGCCAGCUUGGGGGAGAGAAGGAUGAAAAGAUGAAAAUUUACAUGCUUUCUGUGUUUUUUGGCCUCUUUGGUGGGAGAGAGGUAGACAUAUGCAUCAGUGAAGUCUAUGGCUGAGUUAGUAAUAGGAUCUUCUUGCUGUCCUCCUUCUCUAAAUCAGUGUCCCCUCAUCAAAAAGCACUCAGUAAGUGCUUGUUUGUCUGUACAGAGUGAUUAGGGAAGACCUGGUCCCUGCCUUCUGGACACUUCCAGCUUAAAUUCCAAUAGCUCUUAGUGGGUUUACAAUGAUCCUAUGAGGUCCUUCAGGUACAAAUACAAGGCUACUAACUCAGCAUCACUGAUGAGUAUGUGUUUUCGAGUUCAUUUUUCCUCUAAUUUUUAGUUAAAUCUUUCCUUUGCUAUCCCACACUCACUUGUCCAGUCCUUAUAACUAAAGGUACAUGUUUGUGAGAUAUUUGGCUAGGAGUCACCACCAUAGAACAGAGCAAAGCUAAUUGGGUGGCCAGGGGUACCACGUCCGUGGAAGUCAGACGUCUUGGUCCCCGACGUAGCUGAUUCUAAGCAUGGACCACAUUGGUAGAACCCAACAAAAUCUGCCUACAUGAUUCUCAGUCUUACCCAGAAAUCUGAAUUAUGAAGCAUUAGACCCAUGGGAAUUCUCUAGACCUCUCUUUCUUCUAGGCCUAGGGGAAGUCCAGGAUCUAGCCACAUAAUGUCUAAUCACCCUUAAUACCAGGAAGUGCUUUCUAAUGUCUAAACUAAGUCUCUCUUGAUGUAAUGGAAGCCCAUUUCCUCUAGCCCUACUCUCUGUUGAGACAGAAGCUAUCCCAAUGCUCUUCUAAGAACCAUCUUUCAUAUAGUUGAGGACAACCAUCAAGGCUUGAAUAAGGAAGAUGACAGUCCUGCUUUCCUCUGCUCUGAUCAGACCACAUCUGAAGCAUUGUCCUUUCUAAGUACCUUGUUUUAAGAAGGACAUUGACAAAAUGAAGAGUAUCCAGAGAGUGAUCAAGCCUUACAUGGAUUGGUUAAAGAAACUCAGGUUAGUUAGUUUGGAGAAGGGAAGACUUAGACCAGGGGUUCUUAACUUUUUGUGUGUGUCUUAGGCCCCUUUGGCCAUCAGACUGUGGACUCCUCAGAGUCAUAUUUUUAAAUACAUAAAAGAAAACACAGAGAAUUACAAAGAAAGGCAAUUAAAUUGGAAUUCAGUUUUAUAUGUGUGUAUGUAUUAUAUAUACAUGCUCUUUUUUUUAAUGCAAGUUCUCCAACUCCAGGUUUAGGAAGCCCCGACUUAGAGGGAACAUGAAGGUAUUAUCAUAUGGGAGAGGGACUGAAUUUGUUCUUCUUGGCCCCAGAGGGCAGAUCUAAUAGGUGAAAGUUACAGAGAGGUAGUUUUAGACUCAGGGAAAAUCAAAACAAUUGGAACCGUCCCAAAGUGGGAUAGGCUAUCCCUAGAGGUAAUGGUUUCCCAACCACUGUAAGUCUUCAAAUGAAGGAGGGCAGACCAUGAUGUCAUAGAAGGGAUUUUAGAUUAGGUGAAAGUUGAACUAGACCCCUUCUGAGCCCCCUUCCAGCUGUGGUUUUCCAAAACUCUCCCUCCAGCCUUAUUUAAUCUAGAUUAGGGGUGGGGAACCUGCAGCCUCGAGGCCACAUGUGGCCCUCUAGGUCCUCAAGUGCUGCCCUUUGGCUGAAUGCAAACUUCACAGAACAAAGGGCCUUUGUAGAGAGCUAUGUCCUAGUUGCUAUGAGGAGGAGCACAGAUGCAGUAGGAGAUACAUCCCCUGGUCCAGAAGAACUUAUGCUCUACAGAUCAAACAAGCAUUGUAUCAUUGCAUUUUAGCUGGCAACUCUAAGUUGACUAGACUUAGUAACUAGACCAGACUUCCAAGUUUUCCCAGACCACCUACUAUUUCAAGAAAUAUCCAACCCAUCUAAUUACUGAUUUCAGGGAAAGCUAAAUUACUGAGCUAGUGCCUGGAGUUCACAAAAAUGAGAUUUGACCUGUAGCUGGAGAGACAAAGCACACAUGUGAAACCCAGAACACAUCUGUAAAGUGACAUCAUAAUGUAUAGAAGAAUAAAACAAAAACCAAGUGCUCGAGUGAUAAAGGGGCCAUUUGGAUGAGCUAGAAAAUAAAGUCAUUUUGGUUUCUGAUGGGAAAGAUUAUGAAUAAGGCCAGAACUGGUUUAAUUGCUUUCAGUGUUUUUUUUCUCUCUGGCUUGUCCUAAUUACUAGGAUGAACGGAGAGGUAGCAGGGAAUUAAUUCACUCUCUGCAUAAAGUCUUUGGUUUACAAUGGAAGCCUGCUCACUACUUCAAUAAUGAUCAGCUGUGAACCUCUAAUCUGCAGGACUCAACCCUCAGCCUGCAGUGUCUUCUGGCCUCCCUUUUCUGUCUCCUAGCUUGGAAAUGGUGUUCACUGCUGAGAAACUCAGUGGAAUGGAUUGAUCAGGGGCUUUAGUCAUUUAGUCUUCUGAAUUCUUGGGAACUUUUUUAGUGGGAUAAGUUUUUCUCUUUAAAGUGGGGAGGGGAUUUUUUGGGAGGGACAGUUGUCAUCUCGUAGUCCUGUGGUGUGUUGCAUGUAUGUUUUAUUAUAUUGUAAAUAAAG